CUCUGACCUCUGUGUGUAACAUCCCUUUCCCUCACCACUGGUUUUAAAUGCUUUUUGGUUCAUCGCUCACUUGCCUCCAUUACUUCCAUUUCCACUUCCACUUCCAGCCUUCUUCCAGCGAAAAUUUGGGAUUUCUUCAGCCAUGAAUUCUUGUUUUCCGGAUUGGAAUUUUGAGGGCGAUCUUCCUCCAACCAUCCAUAAGAAAUCAAUAGGACAUGAACAUGAAGAACUUGUGGAGCUUUUAUGGAGAAAUGGGCAAGUUGUUUUACAGAGCCAAAAGGGUAGAAAAUCAAAUUUGAUAUCUAAUGAAUCUGGGCAGUUUCAGAAGCUGAAUCAGCCAGUUUGCAGGAGUUCUUGUGGGAAUUCGAGUAGUUUGAUUCAAGAAGAUGAAACAGUUUCUUGGAUACAAGAUCCAGUAGAUGAUUCCUUUGAAAAGGAAUUUUGUUCUAAUUUUUUCUCUGAAUUACCGCUUGUUAAUCCUAUUGAGAUUGUUGAGCAGCCUACCAAACAUGAUGGAAAACAUCCUAGAUUUGGUGUUUUUGAUACUACUUCGAAACAUCCGACAGGUCUUGCGGAGUUUCUUACGAAUUCGAUGCCUCCUCCGAGGUUUCAGUGUCCGGAUUCGACACGGUCGAACAAGGAUUUAGGAGAUUUAGGGGAAAUGGUGAACUCUUCUCGAGUUUGUGUGCCGUUGAAGGGUGAUUUGGGAUCAUCAAAUGGAGGGAGGGAGUGUGGAAACUUGAUACAGGUAGAGGGUAGAGAUUGUUCGGCAAUGACUGUUGGUUCGAGCCAUUGUGGAAGCAAUCAAGUUCCGAAUCCGAACGACCUUGAUGUGAGCCGAGUUUCGACCAGUGGCUUUGGAAAUGCUGGUUUAUCUGCUGGUCUCUCCAAGGAAGAUAAUAGAAAAAUGGUUCCACAAAGUGAGAGAGACAAAACUGAGACGAUGGAUCCAACAACCACUUCGUCGUCAGGCGGUUCGGGAAGUAGUAUGGAUAGAAAUAGGACAAUUGGACAAUCUACUGGAGGUAAUAGCAACAAACGAAAAGGUCGAGAUAGAGAAGAAUCCGAGUGCCAAAGCGAGACAGCUGAACUCGAAUCUGCCGAGGGAAACAGGACAGCUCCUCGAUCCGGUUCUUCACGUAGAACUCGUGUCGCUGAAGUUCAUAACCUUUCGGAAAGGAGGAGAAGGGAGAGGAUUAAUGAAAAGAUGAAAGCUCUUCAAGAGCUCAUACCUCACUGUAAUAAGACGGACAAAGCUUCUAUGCUCGAUGAAGCUAUUGAAUAUUUGAAGUCACUUCAAUUACAACUACAGGUAAUGUGGAUGGGAAGUGGGAUGGCGCCGAUGAUGUUUCCGAGCGUUCAGCAUUACAUGUCUCGGAUGGCUAUGGGAAUCGGUUUGGCUCAACCUUCAAUGCCUUCAAUUCACAACUCGAUGCAAUUACCUCGGGUCCCAAUUGUUGAUCAAUCGGUUUCAGUGGCUCCAAUGCCGAAUCAGCCUAUGAUAUGCCAACCUCAAAUUUUCAACCCCAUGAAUUAUCAAAAUCAGAUGCAGAAUCCGGCUUUGCAAGAGCAGUAUGCUCGUCUAAUGGGUUUCCACCAUAUGCAACCGGCCUCACAGCCCAUAAAUGUCUUCAGAUUUUGUCCCCCAUCAGUUUUACAGAGUCAAACAGUAGCAGCACCUGGCCCUGCUGGAGGACCUAUAACUAAUGAUACCGUAAACGGAAAUUUAGGUUGACAAGAGAAAUUAUGCAUGUUUAUCAGUUAGCAAUGGUCCCUCAGAGCAUCAUUUCUAGAUAUGGUGGAAACCAUGAUUGUUGUCCUUUGUGUAUAUCUGAUACAGAUUCUUGCCUCCUUGCCUCCAAGUACACAACUUAUAUGCCUUCCAACUCCAUUACCAUAUUACAUAUCAUUGUUCAUAUAGUGAUGGAUGCUUUCAUUGAUCUGUAUAUUGAGACAAAGACUCGAGAUUCUUGAUCUUGCAAUUCCAGGUAUUUAACAAUUUUUUUGUCGAGAAACGGUUACGAAAUAAGAUCAAUCAGUAUGUGUUUGCCUAAAUGAUGAGUUGAGCAGCUGCUUAAGCUCCUUGUUCUUGUAAUAUCCCUUACAUUGUCAAUGAAUUCAAUCUAAGUUGAUUUGGAUAUCA